GCCGCCCGGAUCGCGCAUCUCUCUGCACUUCCAAGACCAACUCUCACGCCUUCCACCCACCGGCCCCGGACUGGGGGUGAGCUCCGAGAACCUCCGAAGCCAGCUUGAUCCGGUACCCAACCCCCCCUCCCAAUCCACCUCCCGCAAUCUCCCCGAGCCCGCCCAACCCGGCUCUGCACCUCCCAAGCUCCGGUCCGCGCGGCGGGGGUCUCGGCUCCCUGCGCCCCGGGCGCGCCUCCCCGACCGCCCGGUCCCCGCAGCCAGGACAAAGCCAUGAAGCCGGCGCUGCUGGAAGUGAUGAGGAUGAAUCGAAUUUGCCGGAUGGUGCUGGCCACUUGCUUGGGCUCCUUUAUCCUGGUCAUCUUCUAUUUCCAAAGUAUGUUGCACCCAGUCAUGCGGAGGAAUCCCUUCGGUGUGGACAUCUGCUGUCGGAAGGGGUCAAGAAGUCCCCUGCAGGAACUGUACAAUCCCAUCCAGCUGGAGCUCUCCAACACCGCCGUCCUGCACCAGAUGAGACGGGACCAAGUGACGGACACGUGCAGAGCCAACAGCGCCAUGAACCGCAAGCGCAGGGUGCUGACCCCCAACGACCUGAGGCACCUGGUGGUGGACGAGGACCACGAGCUCAUCUACUGCUACGUGCCCAAGGUGGCGUGCACCAACUGGAAGCGGCUCAUGAUGGUCCUGACCGGCCGGGGCAAGUACAGCGACCCCAUGGAGAUCCCGGCCAACGAGGCCCACGUGUCCGCCAACCUGAAGACCCUCAGCCAGUACAGCAUCCCCGAGAUCAACCACCGCCUGAAAAGCUACCUGAAGUUCCUGUUCGUGCGGGAGCCCUUCGAGCGGCUGGUGUCGGCCUACCGCAACAAGUUCACGCAGAAGUACAACACGUCCUUCCACAAGCGCUACGGCACCAAGAUCAUCAAGCGGCAGCGCAAGAACGCCACGCAGGAGGCCCUGCGCAAGGGCGACGACGUCAAGUUCGAGGAGUUCGUGGCUUAUCUCAUCGACCCGCACACCCAGCGGGAGGAGCCGUUCAACGAGCACUGGCAGACCGUCUACUCCCUGUGCCACCCGUGCCACAUCCAUUACGACCUCGUGGGCAAGUACGAGACGCUGGAGGACGACUCCAAUUACGUCCUGCAGCUGGCCGGGGUGGGCAGCUACCUGAAGUUCCCCACCUACGCCAAGUCUACGAGAACUACCGACGAAAUGACCACGGAGUUCUUCCAGAACAUCAGCUCGGAGCACCAAACGCAGCUGUACGAAGUCUACAAACUUGACUUUUUAAUGUUCAAUUACUCAGUGCCAAACUACCUGAAAUUGGAAUAAAGGGGGCCGGUAGG